AUGCCUUUGUCGUGUAAAAUUGAACAAGUAUCUGAACCGGAACUUUUGACAAUUCAGCAUGAAAUCCAGAGUGCAAAGGUGUUUCUCAAGAGGCAUAGUGCAGAUUCUGGAGAUAAUUUAUAUGAUCAUUUGUCUGAACUUUUGGGAAAAAUUAUUUCCGAACAACCCCAAAAUGCAGUUGAUUUUUUUGAAGAAUAUAGCCGUCAAUUAAAAGAAAAAAGAUUUAAAAAACCUUCUGACAUUCAACAAGUUUAUAUCCCACCAACUCAAUACGGAGAAACAACAAAACUUAUAAAACUUUUUAAAGACUUACGGAAAUAUUAUUUUCAGACUAAUAAAAAAGAAAACAUAAACAAUCAUAACGAAAUAACAGAAAAUUCGAUUCCUAAUUUAUUAGAGUUGGUUUAUUAUUUAGAACAAAUUGGCGUUGGUCUUCCGAAAUCAGAAUGUAUUUUAUUGAAUCAGAGUAUUCGACAACUUGUUAAUGACAAGAAACUAACUAAUGUUCGAUUCUGGGGUAAGAUUCUUGGAAGUCCGAAGAACUACUACAUUGUUGAGGCAGAACUUUAUAAGAAGGAGCUUUCUUGUCGACUAAGAGAAGCUGAUGAAAAGCUAAAAAUUGGAGAAGAAAAAAUUGAAGCUAUUGAAGAGUUAAAUGAAAAUAAUGAAGAUAGUAUCAGUAGUGAUCUUGGAAAUCUUAGUGAUGAUAAGAAUAAAUUUAAUAAGCUCGAUUUUCCUACUCCACCAUUACCUAAAAGUGGCGAUAGAAUUAUAGUACCGGAAACGUCAGCUGAAAGAAUUGGAACUGGUUUAAAUAAAAAGGUUUACUUUGUGUGCAAUUCUCCAGGAUUAGAUGACUGGAUCGAAUUGCCAUCAGUCACGCCGCAACAAAUUGUAGUAGCAAGACAAAUCAUCCGACAUUUCACGGGAUGUCUCGAGACUACGAUACAACAAACUUUCCCUUAUUUUCCUGGAAAUGAAGGAAAUUAUCUUCGUGCUCAGAUUGCACGAAUUACUGCAACCACACUUAUUUCUCCUAUUGGAUAUUUCACUUUUGAAAAUUUCGAUGAAAGUGAUAAAGAAGAAAUAAAAGAAGAAUUAACCAUGAAUCCAAAUUAUAAUCCACUAUCUACGAAAGAUUUAAUUGAUCCAUCUUUAUUAAAUUGGUGUCAUCACAGUCCUUAUAUUAAUGAAAGUGGACGAACGACUUGGAAGAAUUCUUCUAAACAGGAAGAAAAAUUAAGUGAAGAAAUAGAGAGAAAAAGCGACGGAGCUGUGAAAAAAGUCAAAAAUAAAAUGAAGAAUGAAGUAGGUCCAUCAUUAUUAACAUCAUUAUCAGAAGACACUUUGUUAGAUGCAGUGCCAGCAUGGACUACUAGGGUGUCAUCUGAAAUUCAACUGGACACAGCAAUUGCUGCUGUCAGAUCUAAUUUAUGGCCGGGAGCUAUCGCAUUUGCCAAGGACAAGAUAUGUGGCAAUGUGUACAUUGGAUCGGGUCAUAAAUAUGACGUUUAUGAUUAUUGCUCACUAAAAAAUCCACUUAUGGAAGAUCAAUACGAAAUAGGUCCGGAAAUUAUACAAGUACAAGAUCCUACUUUUGAAGAUAAAGAAAAUUAUUGCGCAUCUCAAUUACCGAUAUCGGACAGUCCAAAUUUAGAUGAUGAUGAUGAUGAUGAGGAAGAAGAUGGGGAAGAAGAAGAAGAAAAGUUGGAGGAGAAAGAGGACGAUGACGAAGACGAAGACGAAGACGAAGGCGAAGACGAAUACGAAGAUGAUGAUACUGAAGAAGAAAGUGAUUAG